UGUUACGAACUUCAACCUAAAGCGUUAAACUGCUCCAUACCAGCCAGAGUCAUUAGUCAAGUUAUUAGCUUGCAUUUAAUGUUCAUGAUUUGAAAGAGCCAGACAUACUGACUUAGUUAUUGAAUUGCUCUAUGAUUGGCCUGCCUGCCUAUGCCGUUUGGUUUCGUUACAUUUUCUGCGCCACGCCCACGGUUAGACGAUACUUCCCAGAAGACUUAAAAAGACAACCUUUGUUUUACUUUUCCUCUUCGAACAUGUCGACUGUGAAAAAUAUUUCAGUGACUUAUGAUGCCAUAAAUGAAACCAACACCUUUUCCAGCGGAGAUUCUAUUUCGGGACGGAUAACAGUAGAAUUAGCAAAGGACUGCACGAUCAAAUCUAUGUCAAUCAAAGCCAAAGGGAAGGCCGACGUUUUGUGGACAGAGAGACAUGGUCAAACUACUGUAGUGUACCAUGCUAAAAACAAGUACUUUAGUAUGAAACGUUUUUUAAUUCAAGAGGAAAGGAAAGAAGGUAUGCUCUGAAAAGUAGCCUAAUCCGAAGUAAAAUAGAGCCUCAGGUAGACCUACAGCCCGCACCAUCGCACAACAACAGCUAUAUGCGUAAAAGGACAAGCUUUAAAAAAAAAGGAGAGAAGGUUACAUAUUCUUCUGCAAUUCAGCUGUGAUGCGAAUCACAUCAGAAUUGCAUGUCUGAAAAAGAGAAAGUAACUAAAAACAAUUGCAAUGUGGUAGCUCCAGGGUGCCAUGUGUAUCCAUUCACAUUCCAGAUCCCUUCACAAGAGAUGCCAUGCUCCUUCAACGGCAGCUCAGGUAAAAUCAUCUACAUACUGGAAGCCAGGUUGAGCAGAUCAAUGAGGAUUGACAGCAAAGCUGUAACAGAGUUCACCUUUUUCUCAAAGACUAACAUCAACAGCAUCCCUGAAAUAAUGAGUCCUCAGCAUGGCACAAAGGAUAAGAAGAUGACGUUCUUCACCUCAGGCACAGUGGCCAUGGACAUCAACAUUGAGAGGAUGGGUUACCACCAAGGAGAAGGCCUAAAAGUGUUUGCCGCCAUUCAGAACAACUCUAGUCGUGAGAUUAAGCCUAAAUAUUUACUGUACCAGAAGCACAGCUUCUUUGCAAGGGGAAAGAGGAGGCUUCACACCAAAGACAUCCUGAAAGAAGAAGGAGAGCCAAUCUCUCCUUCUACUAAUCAGAACGUCACCAAGGUCCUCCACAUCCCUCCUGACAUUGGUGUUUCCAUCCUCAACUGCAGCAUCCUCAAAGUGGAGCACAGGCUCAGGGUCUACUUGGACGUACCCUACGCUUCAGACCCAGAGAUCAAGUUCCCUGUGGUCAUCCUCCCUGCAGCUCAGGCUCCUGGUCAGGGGGAGCUGCAGGGACCACCUUACCCAGGAUUUGGUGUGGAUUGCUUUGGGAACCCAAACCAGCCUUCGUGGAACAGCUCACCUUCUGUUCCACAGUACCCAGGAGCCUCACAGUACCCAGGAGCCUCACAGUACCCAGAAGCCUCACAGUACCCAGGAGCCUCACAGUACCCAGGAGGGCAGCAGUUCCCAGGAGGGCAGCAGUUCCCAGGAGGGCAGCAGAAACCAGGAGCCUCACAGUACCCAGGAGGGCAGCAGUACCCAGGAGGGCAGCAGUACCCAGGAGGGCAGCAGUUCCCAGGAGGGCAGCAGUUCCCAGGAGGGCAGCAGUUCCCAGGAGGGCAGCAGUACCCAGGAGGGCAGCAGUACCCAGGAGGGCAGCAGUUCCCAGGAGGGCAGCAGUUCCCAGGAGGGCAGCAGUUCCCAGGAGGGCAGCAGUUCCCAGGAGGGCAGCAGAAACCAGGAGCACCGGUGUACUCAUCAGUACCACAGUUCCCAGCAGCUUCAGCCUCUGGACCCCCACCAAGCUAUGGAUCUGUUUACCCAUCCUUGUUUGAUUAUGAAAAGAAAGCAUAAUGAAAUAGGUACUUUUUCACCCUUCAUAAACAGCGAUCACACAAUAUUGCCGCAAAAAAGUCCCCUCAUUAUGCUGGCUUUGCUUGCUAACACUGAACCCAACAAAGCCGGUAUAAUAUCGCCUUGUGUGUGAUUUUACAUUUAGUAAUUUAGCAGUCGCUCUUAUCUAGAGCAACUUAAAUCUCUCCGAGGCAAGGAGAAUCUAGAAUCAGCUCUAGAAUCAGCUAUUCAUCUUCUGCUAAAAGUCUACAAAGUUAAACUUUGGCUAACUUUUUAGUGGACCUGGAUGAUCUUUGAGGUUAUCAAUUUUCACAGACAAUCAGAAUUUGACAGAAUGUUCAGCAGUGCAUCUGAUUCAACUGAUUUUCCAUCAGCGGGUUGUGACAUGGUUUCCCAACCACCUUCUGUGCUUUUCAGUUGACGGAGGAAAUGUUUCAUGCCCUGCUUUAACAUUUUGGAAUCCUUCUUACUCAAAUAUAUUUGCAUCAUUUCCUGUUCCUCAUAUACAUUAUAUUUUUCUGUACCAUUUCCGCCAAUAAGCAGGAGGUUCAUGAACAUCAGACCUCAAAAUUAUGUUUGCUUUUGUCCAUUCUGGUACAUUAGGUACCUGCGUAGUGGGCUGGAUGAAUUAAUAUGAUUAGUUGACAGACUUGACACAACACUGUUUCCUAUCUCCUGACUCAUUUGUUUGAUUAACUCAGGGAACCUUGCUGAGCAUGACACAGACUCCCUCAACAAGGUGGUUCUCCCACUCUUCACCAAUGCAGUAGUCCAUUAUGUCAGUCUGAAUUGUCGAGUGUUAUAGUACAAUUAUACCUAUUUAUUCCUGUGUUCACACAUUUUGUCAAACGUAAAAAACAAAACAAUAUUGUGUUAACACUCCGACUGUAGUUUUAUAAUCUAUACAUUAUGAAAUACAAAUGGACAAACCAUUAAUCUCGAUAUGUCUUAAACUAUCACAAAUAUCCUGCCAUUUAUGUUUGAGAAUGUAAUCUUGUAUAACAGAGGAUAUUAUUGUAUAUCUAUAUUUCAUAAAAGUCUAGGCUUCCUUUGUCACCUUUUUGUUUGUCAAUGUUCAUAAUGCAACUGAUUGUUUUAAAAACAUACAAAUAA